AUGGAAAUUGAUGCAAAAAUUAUAAAUGGAGUUAACAAAAGUAAUGGAAAUGUUGAAAGUAGCUCUAACCCAAUGGUAUACAGCAUACCAGGAAUUCUUCAUUACAUACAACAUGAAUGGGCUCGUUUUGAAAUAGAAAGAGCUCACUGGGAAGUUGAAAGAGCAGAGUUGCAGGCAAGAAUUGCUUUUUUGCAAGGAGAAAGGAAAGGUCAGGAAAAUCUUAAACGUGACCUUAUUAGACGAAUAAAAAUGUUAGAAUUUGCCUUAAGAAAGGAAAGGCAAAAGUUUCACAAGCUUAAAUAUGGCACUGAAUUGAAGUUACCAGAUAUAAAAGACGAUGAAGAUCAUGAUUUAGCCAAUAAUGAAAUAAUUUCAAAUAAAAAUCAUGAUUUAGUUUUUAAUUAUAAACAAGGAAGGCAACUUUUGCGGCAGUAUCUUCAGGAAAUUGGUUUUACAGAUAAAGUUCUUGAAAUGCGAUCAGCUAGAAUUCGGUCACUUCUAGGAAUUACUACAGAUGAUCUACCCACAGAAGAUGCUUCAACAAAAUCAAAAAAAAAUGAAAAGCGUCAAGAAGAUUUCACAGUGUCAUUAAAUCAAGAGCAAAAUUGUUUUGAUAAUCCAGUUGAUACAGAUUCAACAGAAGUAAUUGAGGAUUCAGUUACAAAAAAUUCUUUAGAGUCAAAAAAAGUUGAACAUGAAACAGGAGAUACAUUUGUUUUAAAAGAUUUCGAUUUUCUUGGUAACGAAGAAUUAAAUGUUGAUGAAGCCUCCAAUAUUCAAAAUGAAGAACAGGAUGAUUGGAGUAAUGUCGACUCUGAAAAACUUCAAAAUAAGAUAAAACAAUUUAAAAAUGAGACAAAAGAUAGAGGGAAAAAAAAGCGACCCAAUAAAGAUGUCAUGAAGAAUAUGCUUCAAACUUUCAAUGCUGGCGAAGAGGAAAUUCUACCACCACCACCUCAGGCUUCUACCCCAUCUGUUCCAAGAGUUUCUGGAGGAGUUGUUGAUGAUGAAAUUCCAGUUAUUGGUGACACUGUGUUGCCUAGCAGUGGAUAUUCUCCUCGUCAAGUAAAGUUAGUUGCAGUUAAUCAUAGUGGAGUUUCAGAUGUUACAGAAGUUGCAAUGGGGCUUGGUGAUCUUGCAGAUCUUUCAGUAUCAAAUGAAUUAGGAAAUCUUGAUAGCAAAGAUGACAUGCGGAAAACAUGGGGUCCAAAAUAUACUUUAAGAAGUCAUUUUGAUGGAGUACGUUCUUUAUGUUUUCAUCCAUAUGAAGCAGCAUUAAUUACUGGCUCUGAAGAUCAUACCUUGAAACUUUGGUCAUUACAAAAAAAUGUUCAAGGAAAGAGAGGCAAUAUAUCAGACUUGGAACCUGUUUAUACUUUCAGAGGUCAUAGUGAUGGUGUAUUGUGCUGUGCAAUAAAUAGCAAUGGCACUGUUUGCUAUAGUGGUGGAUUAGAUUUUAAAAUACAAUGCUGGAAUUUGCCAUCUUUAAAUAUUGAUUUGUUCGGACCAUAUGAUCCAAAUGUUCUUGGAGAUGCUUUAAUUGGUCAUUCAGAUUCUGUAUGGGAUUUAGCAUAUCACAUAGAUACAGAUUUUUUGUUAUCAUGUUCAGCCGACGGAACUUGUAAGUUAUGGAAUCCAUCAAUUAAAUCUCCAUUAUUAGAAACUUACAAAUCACCUGAGUCAGGCACACCAACAUCAGUUAGUUUUGUGUGUACAGAUACUGGACAGGUUGCUGCUUCAUAUACCUCUGAAAGUUGUGUUGUAUAUGAUAUAGAAACAGCUAAACCAAUUGUAACUUUCAGUCCUGAAAAAACAUAUGGUUUGUCUCAAAUUAAUAAAGUGAUUAGUCAUCCAACACACCCAAUUUUAAUAACGGCUCAUGAAGAUAGACAUGUUAGAUUCUUUGAUUUAUCUUCUGGAAAAGAAGUCCAUAGCAUGGUAGCACAUUUAGAUGCUGUAACCAGCUUAUCAAUAGACCCUAGUGGAUUAUAUAUUCUUUCUGGAAGUCAUGAUGGUUCCAUUAGGUUAUGGAGCAUGGAAAAUAAAACCUGUAUUCAAGAAAUUACUGCACAUCGCAAAAAGUUUGAUGAAGCAGUCUUUGACGUUGCAUUCCAUCCAUCACAGCCAUAUAUUGCUUCUGCUGGAGCAGAUGCAUUGGCUAAAGUCUUUGUAUAA